AUGGCGACGCUGUACUUAGUGCACCAGACCGGCGGCCAGGUGAUGACCUUCACCGAAGACGGGGACAACACUUGGCACAUGACGCGACUGCCCGCGCAGCAAGCGACCAAGGUGCACAUCAUUAUGAGCUUUGGACGACAUGGGUGGCACAUCAAGGAGGGGGGAGUCAAGAUCCAGGCCUCAACGCUUUUGGCGGAGCAGGAUCCGCGGGUUCCCCCUCUUGGUGCCUGGGAAGGCGUCUCUUCAGGCAUUGCUUGGACCGGCCACUGGACAUUGCAGGCGGAAAAGCCGGAGCUGCCGCCGUUGGAGAUGAUCUCCAUGGCCAGCGAGAGCUUCAGCUUGGAGACCUUUACCUUGGAGGACCACGUGGUGCGCGUGGAUUUGCGGAUGCACCGCCAAGCCUUGAGCGAUCAGGACGUCGAGAACUGUGUGGAGACCAUUCGACACGGGGUGAAGGAACUGGCUCAGAGGCCAGAGUAUACCUUGCUCUUCAGCUUCCAGCUACAAGAUGCAGCGAUCCCUGCCAUGCGCCAUGUGAAACGUCUCGUGGCGCUGUCGCAACUUGGUGGACAUCUGUCGCUUCCUUUCAUGCGGUGUGACCCCAACGUUAGCGAAUUUUAUGCGCCCAUCCUGUGGUGA